AUGGCAGAUAAUGUAGGCAAAAUGACAAUACUACCUUCAAGUUACACGGGUGGACCUCGAUAUCGAGUACAAAACUAUCAGGAUGCAAUGGCAAUAUGUCGCUAUGUUGGAUAUCCAGACUUAUUUAUAACUUUUACUUGUAAUCCAAAGUGGUUUGAAAAUGAUUAUAUGCUUGAAGAUAUUGAAGGGCAAAAAAUCGAUGAUAGACUUGACAUUGUCAGUCGUGUUUUCUCUAUAAAGUUAAUGGAGCUCAUCAAUGAUAUUAAACGUCGACAUAUAUUUGGGAGAGUCACUGCCGUUGUAUACACGAUAGAAUUUCAAAAGAGAGGACUACCACAUGCCCAUAUAUUAGUUUUCUUACAUCCGGAUGACAAGAUACAGCUAGCAUCUCAAGUUGAUGAAAUUAUUUCUGCUGAAAUACCAGAUAAAGAAAAUGAUCCUGUUGCUUAUAGUGCAGUUGAUAGAUUCAUGGUUCAUGGACCUUGUGGGAUUUUAAACCAGAAUUCUCCAUGCAUGAUUAAUGGCAAAUGCUCAAAGCAUUAUCCAAAAAAAUUUCAUGAUAGCACAUCAUUUGAUGAUGAUGGAUUCCCUAUAUACAUGAGGAGGGAUAAUGGCAGAUGUAUAUUGAAGAAUGGUCUCCAACUUGACAAUCGCCAUGUCGUUCCAUAUAACAGGAAUCUUUUGGUCAAGUACGACACCCAUCUUAAUGUUGAGCUUUGUAACCGAUCUAGAUCGGUCAAAUACUUAUUCAAAUAUAUCAAUAAAGGACCCGAUCGUGCUACUGCAGUUAUCUCAGAUGAACAUAAUUCUACCUCCACAUCUGAAACUAGAAUUCAGGAACAUGAUGAGAUAAAGGCAUACUUGGAUUGUAGAUAUAUUUCUGCAGCUGAAGCUGCUUGGAGAAUUUACCAAUUUGACAUGUUCUAUCGAGAACCAGCUGUAGAACGUUUAUCAUUCCACCUUCCUGAUCAACAACCAAUUUAUUUUCAAGGGCAUAUGACACUUGACAACAUUAUGAGUCGUUCAAGAAUUGAGACAACAAUGUUUACUGAGUGGAUGAAAGUGAAUUCUAAGGACAUUGAGGCCAGACAACUAACAUACUCUGAAUUCCCUACGAAGUAUGUUUGGAAUAAGAAAGAAAAGUUGUGGACAAGAAGACGUAGAUGCAGAUGUAUUGGCAGAAUGUACUAUGUUCCUCCUACUGCUGGAGAAAAAUACUAUUUGCGUAUGCUGCUCAACAUUGUUCGAGGAAGUUGCUCUUAUGAACAAAUAAGAACAAUAGAUGGUAUUGUAUAUGACACUUUCAAAGAUGCAUGCUAUGCACUUGGAUUAUUAGAGGAUGAUAAAGAAUGA